CAGCAACUCGCCCAACUGUGGGAGGCCGCGCAAGUCGAGCUACAAGGCAGGUACUCCAACAAGCGCGUCCUCGAGCUAUCACGAUAUACGCGCAACACCAGUUCGCUUCGAGCUCUGGCUGUCGUUCUCGCAUCCCCACUGCCCUGUUUGAUCGUGACAUUUCUCUUCGACGCGUUGCCCCUCGCAGAUCCAUCCGAGGGCGUCGCGGCCAAC